ACUUUCAGACUGUGCCGUUGCCAUGACUACCGACUGACUGGCGCAGUAUCCGGCCGGCCGCUGGACCGUGACGUCGUCGUUCCCCGUCCUUGCGUGUGCCAUCCACCGUGAGUGUCAGCAGUGCCUACCGCAGCAGGGCCCCGCCGAGCCGUCCACAUGGUGUUGCCGACAGUGCCUUUCCCGGAGUUGUCCGUCCUCGUGGCGACUGUCGUGGUGUGGACGUCACAUACCGUACAAGGUAACAACCCUCCGUUCUUCACCAUGACGCAGCAAGAAUGGAUAUGGACUCUACCAGAGGACACCCCGAGAGGAACAGCCAUAGCGCAGUUGACCGCGGUAGACCCGGAGGGAAAGUCCGUUUUGUAUGGGGUGGAGGGGGAGAUAGGACAGAGGUACUUUCUAGUGGACCCCGUCACUGGUAUAGUGGAGCUGUACAGGGAGUUCGAUAGAGAGGUUGAUGAUGAGUACACAGUCAAGUUUUCCGUUAUUGACGACGCACCUGCAAAUAAGGUUGAACACGAGGCCACAAUCUACAUCACAGAUGUUAACGACAAUCCUCCAACAUUUGAGGGGACUCCCUACGAAACUAAAAUACCAGAGGACUUACCAGUUGGCAGUACAGUGUUCACUGUACAAGCCCGAGAUCCUGACAAGGGUGCCGGGGGAACAAACACUUUCUUCUUUGAUCCUGAUGGAGGUAACCCCUGGUUGUCCACUUCCACUAACCUGGUGAUCCAAGUCAAGGAUGUCCAAGAUUCCGACCCCGUCUUCCUCGGCCUGCCUUACGACGCCACCGUUAGGGAAGACGCAGAAGUUGGUCAUGUGAUAGUAAGAAUAUCUGCCAUGGACCAAGACUCAGGCAUUCCAAAUGACAUCCAGUACAGUAUAGUCACAGGGAAUGUGGACAACGUGUUUGACCUUGACGAUCUCACCGGUGAAUUGAGGGUAGCCAAGGUCAUAGACAGGGAGGCAGAAGGUUUCAACCAGGGGCCACUGACCAUCACUGUACAGGCACUUGAGAUUCCGACAGGAGAUUCCCCGGGAGGCGCUUUCAUCCGUACGACCUUUGACAUCGCCAUCAUCGAUGUCAAUGACGAGACACCAACCUUCGACCAAUCAGAAUACAGCAUCACCGUGUCUGAAUCCACCCUUGUUGGAGCAGCGUUGCCCUUGACGCUGCAGGUCAACGACCCUGAUGAGGAAGAGAAUGGUGCAUACAUGCUGCACCUGGUGGGGCUCACGGCUCCCCAGUUCCUGGUCUCUCCGUCCUCGGCCAUGGGAGAAGCUGCCAUCACUCUCAGGGUCAACAAACCGCUGGACUAUGAGGUGGAACAGAUGCACCUACUGGAGAUUUUUGCCAAUGAGACCAAUGGAGAGAAAUAUGGGCAUGCCACCAUCACAAUCACCCUCAUCAACGAGAAUGACCACAGACCAACGUUCACUCAGUCAACCUAUUCACUAUCUGUAGAGGAGAACAUCCCCAUAGGAACCAGUCUACUCAAUGUAUCAGCAUCAGACAGAGAUAUAGGAGAGUUUGGUGAUGUCACCUACUUCAUCAAUGAUGAUGAUCCCAGGUUUAGGAUAGACGGCAACACAGGAGUGAUCUACACACUGGACCAGCUCGACUAUGAGGAUGCCUGGAGGUUCAGCCUGACGAUUAUCGCACAAGACGGAGGCACUCCGCCGCAGCAGACUGCUGCCAGGGUCAGGAUUGACAUUGUGGACUUGAACGACAACAGGCCGAUCUUCCAGAGAGACGAUUACGUCGGGACGGUGCGGGAAAAUGAAGCGUCACAGACGCCGAUCUUAAGAGUCAGGGCAACAGAUGAAGACUCCCCUCCAUACAACAUUCUAGUCUAUAACAUCACAUCUGGGGACUCUCUCCAUAACUUCACCAUCGGCACAGAGGAUGGGUACGGAUACAUCUACACGUCUAUAAUAUUUGAUAGUAUUUUCUUCCCUUUUCCUCCUCUCAGAGGACGGGCAACUGAUGAAGACUCUCCACCAUACAACAUUCUAGUCUAUAACAUCACAUCUGGGGACUCUCUCCAUAACUUCACCAUCAGUACAGAGGACGGGUACGGGUACAUCUACACCUCCGCGCCGCUGGACUAUGAGAUGAUGACGGGAAACCUGUUUGAGCUGAUGGUGACGGCUACCGAUGGUGGCAACCACACUCUGAACAGCACCACACGAGUGGUGAUCGAGGUUGAGGAUCAAAAUGACAAUGGCCCCGUAUUCAACCAACAGGAAUAUAAUGUUUCAGUGAGAGAGGACAUAUCUGCAGGUGACACGGUGCUGCGUGUGUUUGCCAGCGAUGCAGACAUGUCCGAGGAGCUUGGACAGGACUCCGUUAUUUACUCCAUGUCCGGCUCCAGUCGCUUCCGAAUCAACCCUCGCGACGGCGAGGUAACCACGACAACCUUCCUCGACCACGAGAGGGAGACAGACUACGUUCUGGAAAUCAAGGCUGUUGAUGGAGGGCAAGGCCUGGAUCAGAGGACAGCCACAGUGUUUGUAAACAUCACAGUGCUGGAUGUGAACGACAACAGCCCUGUUUUCGUCCAACCUGAGUACCACACAAACAUCCUUGAAAAUAUCACAGACAUGGAGAUAGUGGUGCAGGUAAAUGCAACAGAUGAAGAUUCGACAACCAAUGGUGACAUCCUCUAUGCCAUCACCGGGGGAAACACAGACGACGCUUUUAUAAUCAACCCUCAAAGCGGCAUCAUUCAACGAGGUGUCGUGCCUCUAGACCGGGAGACCCUGGAUGGGUACGUUCUCACCGUGGAUGCCUACAAUGGCGGAAAACCGGAAAUGCGGUCGACGGUGAGGGUGAACGUUCGGAUCCUGGAUGUUAACGACGUGUCACCAGUGUUCACCCAAACGCAGUACGGGCGGCUGGGUCUGCGGGAAAGUGCGGGCGUUGGGACGUCGGCCGUGCUCGUGCGCGCCCAUGACCCUGACCUUGAGCUCGGAGGACAGGUGGAUUAUGGGUUUGUUUCCGGGGAUAGAGGGAAAUUUGCCAUCGACGAGAGCGGCCUGAUCACCACCUCCGCCGAGCUGGAUUUCGAGAGCUGGCGGAACUACACGAUUUCCGUCUACGCCAGCGACAGAGCGCCGCCGUACAACACGGGAUACGCAACCGUGGUGAUCGUUCUGGCAAACGAGAAUGACGAACCGCCGGAGUUUAACGCUGAACACUACGACGCGGCUGUUUCCGAGAAUGUGGACGUCGGCACCAGCGUGUUGCAGGUCUACGCCACGUCACCCGAUAACCUGGCAGCCAUCGAGUACCUCUUUGACCCCAACACAAAUGAGGAGGUCCUGCGCAGGUUCAGCAUCAAUGGAUCUACAGGCCUGAUCAGCACCAUUGAGGAAAUAGAUCGGGAGGAGGCAGCACAGUAUGACAUCACCGUCAUCUCUACUGAUGGUGGGAUAGAAACAGACUCUGCUACGGUAUCCAUAGUGAUCUUGGAUGAGAAUGACAACUUUCCAAAGUUCAACAUCUUUUCCCAGACGGAUGUGAGCGUGACGGAGGGUCCCCUGACACCGAACGGUUCGGACAUCGCUCGAGUCAUUGCCAGGGACCCUGAUGAUGCGGACAAUGGAAGGGUGGAGUACACAAUAGAAGAAGGGAAUGACCUGGAGUACUUCAAAAUAGAGAAGACUGAGUCAGGAGAUGGGAUCAUCAGGAACCUGCAUCCCCUGGACCGGGAGGAGCAGGAAGAGUACAAACUCAGGGUUGUUGCAUGUGACCAGGGCAGCCCACAGCUGUGUAACAAUGUGACAGUUGUCGUCACCCUUGAGGACAUCAACGACAACGUUCCCGCCUUCAUCUUCAACUCCUCCUACCGCUACAACGUCUCAGUACAAGAGAAUGUGGGUGGUGGUACUACUGUGACCCAGGUGCAGGCAGUAGAUAUUGAUGCAGGCGACAAUGCCUUCCUGUCUUACUACAUAAUCAGUGGGAAUGAGGACUCCAUGUUCAGGAUGGACAGGUUGUCAGGUGACAUCACUACUCGGCCCAACUCACCCGACCGUGAGACAAAAGACUUUUACAACAUGACGGUACUAGUGGAGGAUGAGGGGUCGCCCCAAUUACAGGCAUACACUACAGUGUACAUCUCUAUCCUGGAUGAGAAUGACAAUGCCCCAGUGUUUGAGUUCCCCACCUACUCCUACACUCUGAGGGAGGGGGAGGGGAGUGCCGGGAUCUACAUCGUCGACAUCAACGCUACAGACAUCGACCAGGGACUCAACGGCAAAGUCGUCUUCAACAUCGCUAGUGGGAACGAUGGCAAUGAAUUUGACAUUGAACCUGACACUGGAAAGAUCAGGACUGUGAAUGAGCUUGACUAUGAGAACAGUGCAGGAGAGUAUCGACUUGCUGUGAUUGCCUCUGACCAAGCGCCGGAUGUGAAUGAUAGGCAAACCUCCACAACCACUGUGACCAUCUCUGUGAAUGACAUCAAUGACGUGGUGCCCCACUUCUUAAGGGAGCAUGUGGGCCCCGUCAGGAUGGCUGAGGGUCUGCUGGGGUCUUUCGUGGGCAGCUUUCCUGCUUUCGACGAGGAUUCUGGAGACUUCGGCAAGAUCGACUACACGAUCGAUGAUGGGGAUGAGAAUGAUGAGUUCUACAUCUCUCUCCUGGAUGGAGACCUGAAAGUGAAACAGGGACUGGAGCUGGACAGGGAGAGGACGGCCUUCUACAACAUCACCCUACGGGCACAGGACAGGGGACGCCCUCCUCUUAAAGGAUUUAUGACUGUCAGCAUUGAGGUUCUGGACAUCAAUGACAACGACCCAAUUUUCCAAGACCUGCCAUAUUACUGCCGAGUCAGCGAGAAUGCGCCCGUGGACACCCUGGUGUUCAAGGUUUCUGCAAACGACACAGACGAAGGAAACAACGCCUUCAUCACGUACAGCAUUACCAGUGGGAACAUCGGGCAGGUUUUCAGGAUAAACGGAACAAAUGGAGAGAUCUAUGUGAACGGUCUGCUGGACAGGGAAGUCAUUCCUCAGUACACGCUGACUGUCACAGCCAGGGACAACCCACAGAACCCCACACAUGUCAGAAGGGACACUACGCAGGUUUACAUCACAGUUAUAGACGAGAACGACCAGAGGCCGAGGUUCACCCAGCCGCUGUACCGGGGCAGGAUCUCUGAGAACUCACAGGCAGGAACCGCUGUGGACAUGAGUGAAGACAUCCUGGCAGUUGACGCUGAUGCCACCACCAACGCAGAAGUGCACUACUCCAUCUUUGGCAAGGAUGCAAGAUUCUUCAGGAUAGACAGCGUCAAAGGAGAACUGUUUGUGAGAGACGGCAGUUUACUGGACAGGGAAACAAUCGGCAAUGACCUGAGCUUUACAGUCAUGGCGGCAGAUCCUGGAGGGCUGAACGAAUCUGCGGGGGUCUACCUGGAGAUCCUGGAUCAGAACGACAAUUCUCCCAUCUUCAUAUCAACACUCUUCAGGGCAAAUGUGUCUGAAAAUGCUUUCCCAGGAACCUCGGUGACCAGGAUCGAGGCAAGUGACCAGGAUGACGGGCUGAACCAACUCAUCACCUACCGGAUAGAGAGCGGCGGACAGGACAAAUUCACCAUCAACCCUGAGACUGGCGUCAUCCGCAUCGCUCACAGACAGGCCUUGGACAGGGAGGCACGCGACCAGUACGUCCUGGUCGUCAAGGCAACGGACCAUGGCAUCCCCACGCGAUCCGGAACCAGCACCGUCCUAAUCGAGGUUGAGGACAUCAACGACAGCGCCCCCUACUUCCUGCAGUACAUCCACACCGCCACCGUUUCAGAGAGCAAGGAGGUUGGGAGCUGGAUCAUGAACGUGACCGCUGUGGACCGGGAUCUGGACAGCCUCCUGGAUUACUCCAUCAGUGCGGUGGUGGCGACAGAUCUACAGGGGAACCACAUCGUGAACGGGAUGGGCUACCUGGACUGGUUUAGGGUGGACCAGUUUGGAGGGGGGUUGUUUGUGAACUCCACGCUGAACAGGGAGAGGGCGGAAGUGGUGCAGCUGACCAUCGGGGUGGAGGAUCUGGCCUCUGAUGUGCCGCAGAGGGCGCGCAGUGGGAGGGAUGCUCAGGUGACGAUCAGUAUCAUCGACGAAAACGACAACACGCCGACCUUCCAGCCUCCCGGCGUCGCCUUCUACCAGGAGAGGAUUCUGGAGGAGGUUCCCGUGGGAACGGUUGUCAUGAGCAUCAUAGCAACGGAUGCUGACAAGGGGAAGAACGGAAUCAUCACCUACAGGAUUGUGAAUGGCUCGCUGGCUACGGAGUUCUUUGCCAUCAGGGAUAAAUAUUUGGGCACCAUCACAGUGAGCAGGCCAGUGGACCAUGAGCAGCACCAGUGGGUGAACUUCACCGUGCAGGCGGCGGACGAGGGCAAGCCGGUCAGGACCGCCGACAUCCCCGUCUCCAUAGAGAUCGUGGACAUCAAUGACAACAAUCCCAUCUUCUCCCUCAAAAAAUAUCAGGCUUCAGUUUUAGAGAACCAGCCCGCAGGUACAGAGGUGCUGAGGGUGGAGGCUACGGACAGGGACAGUGGCAGCUAUGGCAGGGUGCAGUACCAUCUGUCAGGGGCAGGGGGCAGGUUUGCCAUCCAUCCUGAUCAGGGUAACAUCACCCUGACCACACCCCUGGACAGGGAGGAGCAGACAGACUUCCUCUUGAGUGUGACGGCCACGGACAACACGGAUGGGUUGCCUAGCAACAGCAGGGAGAACUCUGUACAGGUUGUGGUGACAGUGCUGGAUGAGAAUGACAACACGCCUGAGCCGUCCACGUCCAAGUUUGACUUCCGUGUCCCGGAGAACCAGCCUGCAGGAGAGUACGUGGGAACCAUCCUGGCCAGCGAUAGGGAUGAGGGGGACAACGGCAGGCUGCAGUUCUCUAUCCUCAAACAGGAGCCAAAUCAUGUUAUGCUGUUUGAUAUAGAGAACACUACAGGGGUGAUUUCCUCAGCCAGACUACUGGACAGGGAGACCAUGGGGUACAAUGGCAUUGUGGAACUUACCAUACAGAUAUCUGACCUGGGCUCUCCUCCAAGGAUGAGCAGCACGAAGGCAGUUAUAAAGAUCCUGGACAGCAACGACAACAGUCCAUACUUCCAGCAGUCGUCCUACAGCCUGGCUGUUAGGGAGGAUGAGUAUGGGGGGACCUCGAUCCUGGGUCUGGUUGCCCUUGACGAUGAUGAAGGGAAUGUGCUGACUUACUCCAUCACUGCCGGAAAUGAGCAUAGGGACUUUGCUGUAGGAGCAUCCACUGGUCAUGUGAUUGUUGCCAAGUCCCUGGAUCACGAGACCAGGCCAGCGUACACCCUGACUGUCACAGCAUUCGACCAGGACGGGAGGAACGGAUCCACCACCCUGCUGGUCAAGAUUCUGGACGUGAACGACAACCCGCCUGUCUUCUCACAAGAUGUCUACAGGGUGGAAGUGAUGGAGGAUAUACAGCCUGGUGCUCUUGUGGGACAGGUGGAGGCCACAGAUGCUGACGCACUGCCUCAGAACAAGAAAGUUCUGUACCACAUCCUGUCUGGCAAUGUUUACAACACAUUCAGGAUAGACACAGAAUCAGGUGAAGUCUUCACCCAGGCAGCAGUAGACAGAGAGACCCUCUCACUGUACCAGCUGACUAUCCAGGCCACCAACCCCAGCGGGGACUCUCAGAGUGUCAACGGCACCACACAGAUUACAGCUCAGCUUCUGCCAUGGAAGUCAACUCAGAUGUUUAUCACAAUUGCUGAUGUAAACGACAUCGCCCCAGUGUUCGAUGAAGAGGAGUACGCACGGCCGAUCCUGGAGAACGAACCAAUCGGAACCUCCAUCCUCUACGUGCAUGCCGAGGAUGGUGACCUUGGCAACAACUCAAGGUUAUCCUAUUCUAUCGCAGAAGGAAAUGUUGACAACGCCUUCAAAAUCAAUGAAAAAUCUGGCUUGGUUAUGGUCAACACCAUACUGAGUGAGAAAGCUCGGAUAAUCAAUGAAUACCGACUGGAGGUCGUCGCCAGGGACCACGGCACCCCUCCUCUGGAGGGCAGGACCAUCGUGCUGCUGACUGUGGUGGAUGUGAACGACAAGAAGCCGCGGUUCGUCAGGCCACAGAGGAACAUGACUGUGUCCGUACCAGAGAAUUCUCCGUCUGGCCACUUUGUGUAUCAAGCCUUUGCGGUGGAUGAGGACACGGGAAUUAACGGGAUCGUCAGCUACGACUUCUUCAUCCCGAACGGGCGGGAGCGGGGAGGGGACUGGGAGAAGUUUGCCAUUGAUCCGUUCUCGGGAAACAUCACCACGGUGGAGCCGCUAGACAGGGAGCUUCAGGCGGAAUACACGCUUAUAAUUGUAGCCAGAGACCAGGGCCUUCCUGAGCCAUUCGAAUCCACUCGACCUUUCCGAGUGGAGGUAGAGGAUGUCAACGACAACGAGCCGGAGUUUCCCAGGGAUGUUUCAGGUCUGGUGUACAUGCAGACCCUGUCUGUACCGGAACAUGCCGAGGUGGGGACGGAAGUGGGGAGGGUCACCGAGGCCAUAGACAAGGAUGAGGGAGACAAUGCCAUUGUCUUCUACUUCAUCACAGGGGGAAAUGAAGGGAAGUUUUUCCUGCUGGACAAGCAAACAGGGAUUCUGUCUGUGCACAGAGAUCUGGAUAGGGAGACCAAACCUGUUCACACACUGCUUAUCAAGGCCAGCAGUGAUCCAGAUUACCAGGUCCCCAGACAGAGGAGAAGAGUGAUUGACGUGUCAGACUCCUCCCUGCAGCAGCUGGUGAUAGAGGUGGAGGACAUCAACGAUCAACCGCCCAGGUUCACACGCAAACAGUACACGGCAGGAGUUACUGUUGAUGCAAAGUAUGGAUCUGAACUAAUCCAAAUUGAGGCCAUAGAUGCAGACAUAGGCAACAACAGUGUCGUAUACUACUACAUAGAAUCUACCACAUACAUAGAACGGGGGAAACAACCCAAGCCGAUGAAGAAGACUUUUCAGUUAGACGUCCUGAGUGGAGUACUGACGACCAACGAACUGUUUGUGGACUACACCAAGGGAUACUUUGAGCUCAUAGUCAGGGCUGAGGACGAUGCUAAACACACUGACAAGUCAAAAAUAGGGGUGUAUGUGCUGCGAGAUGAACACAGGGUAAAAGUUGUCAUCAACGACAUACCUGACUAUGUACGGACAUUCAGGGAGCAGUUCAUCGCGUUUGCGUCCAACAUCACGGGAGCUGUGGUGAACAUGGACGAUAUACAGUACCAUGUGGAUGAGGGGGAAAUCGACUUCACAAAGACUGACAUGCUGAUUCAUGUGGUGAACACAAAAACAAACAAGAUCAUGGAUGUGGAUAACGUCAUCACGACCAUUGAUGAAAACUAUGACAGCCUAGAGAGACUUUUUAAGGACUUCAACGUGAUAGAGGUUUUACCGUUCGUCCCCCCGAGGACGGACAAGGACAACAUUGACAUCGUGAGGAUCCUGCUGAUCCUGAUUGGGGUUGUCAUCUUCUUUGGAGCCUGGAUCUUCAUCUGCCUCAUGCUCAGAUACAAGAGGCUGUACAAACGGAAUGUGCGAGCAGCAAUUGCAGGAAGUAUAGCCGGUGCACAAGUCAUACAGAACCCCAACCCUGCCGCCACCCCCGUUACCAGUCACCAGGAGACGACGCACCCGGGGGGUGGGGCAGGUGGUGCGCCCCCACCCGCGGGAGGCGCAGCGGACCCGCGGUACUCUCAAAUGAUGGGUCCAGGAGUUGGUAUGGAGAUGUUUGAUGUGCCAAACACAAACAAGUACUCGUUUGAAGGGGCAAAUCCAAUAUGGUUGGACCCUUAUUACAGCCAAUUUGCCGAGUUCCACGAGCCUACAGAGAUCCCUGUGGUUCUGGAGGAUGGAUUCACCAUCGAGGGUGACGAGUAUGAAACACAGGAAGUGAGUAUGGAGAUUCAUGGAGACCAAGAAGACGAGAGCCCCAAGAAGGGAUCCCAUAGUUCCGACGCCAUCCUCAAGAGUGUCCUCAACGAUCACUGGCCGAACAACAACUCCUCCCAGGGUGACAGAGCCCCCCGCCCCCCACCGCGACGGGUGGGCGUUCACUCCGAGAACAACAACAACUCCAACAAGAGGAACGCCGCUGCGAAUGAUUCCUCGGAGGGGAGUUUGAAAACCGGGAGUUUGAUGACGAGAACUGGCAGUAGCACGGUGAUCGUGAACCCGGCUGUACUACAGGACUGUCGGGACGUUAUUUCGUCUGGUGAGGAAAGCGACGAGGAAAACUCGAGGAGCGGCAGUAGCGGUAGCAAUAGCCAGUCUGGGAUGAUCAAAGAGAAGGAAGUGCACCUGUGGAAAACAUGAACCUUUUGAUAAAUAGCUUCGUCAGACAGAUAGGUCAAUUCGGCGUUGUUUUGUUAGGUAUGCAACCUUCUUAACUUCUCUACGGAUGAUUUUAUAAGUUGUCUGCAGUGUUCAUCGGGGCAAAGUAAACCUGUCCUAUUGUGAUAUAAUUGCCAAAAAAUGCAGCCCAAACGACUCGAAAGUCCACAUCAGUAACAAAUGGGGAUUAGGGAGAAAUACUCAGUUGUGUUUGGGACAGUAUCCUUCGUGUUUCGUUACAAAAUGGCAAGGGAAAUUAGUUGUAGUCCUGUUUCAGAACGUAUACUAUGUCAUAAUCACAGACUGUUAAAGGCUGUCAAAGUUUCAGUAUAGAAGAAAAAUCAGGUUGCGGACCUAAGCAAACUCUGUUGAGUUGAAAAAGAUGGUUUAGACCAAGUAGAUGAUAGACUUGAGGGACAGAAAUGAAAUGUAAAAAGAAAGCCUUUGAGUCCAUAAUGUUACAGGAGGUGUGGAUGAAAAACACAUCACAAAAGACAAUUUAAGUUUUGUAAUGCCCUAACCAGACCAGAGUUAGUGUAGCUGUUGUAAAUUUUCGAGAAUUUGUCUCUCUCGCUCAUGAUGGGAUUGAAUAUCACUCUUCCAUGCUAAGUCCAAAUAUGGUGUCUUCACGUGACGUCACAGCCGCCACGCUGGUUAGUUGAACCUGGAAAAGCCAGUUAAGUUGUAGAAUUUUUCACUCAACAAGGGCGGCACCCACCUCCAUUUCUGUAGCAACCGAGAUACAACGUACCCUUCCAAGGAUUUAACCGUGGUCUCCCAGUUAGGCCUACGUCACAUUUCCAAACCGGGGCCCGACCGGGCAGCUUUCGGGAACAAAAAGUAUGAUAUAAAAGACAGACACCAAGCUAUACAAGACGGAAGAGAAAUAGUAUUGUAUAUAUUUAAGUAUACAUUUCUAUUUUUCGCCUCCACAAACAACCCAGCCGAAACCUGGUUUGGGAAUGUGAGGUUAGCCUUACCAACUUCUUGGAAUUAGCUAGGAGCUCAACUGUGAGGCUACUAUCAGUUGAGCUACAGUGACAUCGCCAUACAUGUAGUCCACUGUUACGGUACCAAUUAAGAUUUUACCUUCAGGUUUAGCCAAUCAGGAUGUUGGACUUAAUACUUACGUCGUCAUCACUUGGAUGCAGAAGUGUUGAUAGCUUAUCUAUGCAAGUGUUGAGGCUUGGAUCAUGGAGAUUACACCAAACAGUGUUUUGAUAGGGUCACGUAAUUAUCAGUUUAGUAAAGUACAGAUAUCCCUAGUAAAGCUAUGGUCACAUUUGCACCGGUCCCCAUAAGGUGUUGAGCCCCAGCCGCUGGAUACCAGGAGGGAAACAUUUCUGUGUUUUCUUGAUUAGGUUACGGCGUCUAUCUGUAGCUGGCACCCUUUUUUUUCGAACGGCGAGUUUAAAAAAUAAUCGGGGCCCAGUCGUGCCCAAAGAUAGUCCAGGAGCCGCAGGGUGUCCGACGGGGCCACGUAGGGGUCGCGCCGAAAAUCCCGUAAACUACCCGGAGUGACCCCCUUUUCCAAUUGUGACCUUAGCAUGCAUAUGUUAGAUCUAAACAUUUAGUCUCCUGUAAAACAAGUAACUCUAAAAGUUGUAGAUUUGUAGUCUUUAUACCAGAGUUUAGUAUCAAUCAUGAUAACAGCUCACUGUUGUUGUGUACAGUAUAACAUACUACCUUUGAAGUAUUACGGGUGCUGAUUUUUAUAAGUGAUACUGAAUAAAAGUAUGAGGACUUUUCAU